AGUGUCUCUGACAUCCUGGAGGACAUCCGAGCGGUGAGAGCUAUAGAAAGCACCGUACAGCAUGAAACAUUGAACUACCUGGGAGUUGUGGAUUGCGUUGCUCGCUACAGGGGUGUACUAUGUGUUAUUGACUGGAAAACUUCAGAUAAACCCAAACCGUUCCUAAGCAACACGUACGAUAACCCUCUUCAAGUGGCGGCCUAUGCUGGGGCUUUGAACAGUGAUGCCAACUACAAGUACCAGGUUGAAAAUGGACUCAUUGUUGUGGCAUACAAGGAUGGCUCUCCUGCCCAUGCUCACCAGCUCAACUCAGAGCUGAUGUUGGAGUUCUGGAAAACAUGGCUGCUACGACUCGAAGAAUUCACAGAACAAAGAUCCAGUUGUGCAUCAAGUGCAGAAAAGAGAUAGGCUGUAGAGAC